CACCAGCAUCCCAGCUUCAGUCCUUACAGCUCCUCCAUCUGCACAGCGGAGCUGGACGGACUAGCCAGAAUGUGGAGAGCUCUGCUGCUUAGGUUCUUUUUCCUCUUCAUAUGCUGUGUUAGAUGGUGCAACUCUGAGGGGUGUGAAUUGGGGCAGUUCCGCUGUGGGACAGGUCAAUGUAUACAAGGGGACUGGCACUGUGAUGGGACAUCUGACUGUGUAGAUGACUCAGAUGAACACGACUGCCGUAACAUGCGAUGACAGUCACUUCCAGUGUUUGAGUGACGGCGAGUGUAUCCCAGAUGUGUGGGUGUGUGACGAUGAGGAAGACUGUGAAGAUGGCUCAGAUGAGAGGCAGAAUUGUCCUGGCAGGACGUGCUCCAGCGAUCAGUUCACCUGCGGCAAUGGGGUGUGCAUCCCAUCACUAUACCGAUGUGACCACACGGCAGACUGCUCAGAUGGAUCUGAUGAAAGACAUUGCAAUUACUCUGAAUGUACACAACUGAGGUGCACUAAUGGGGCCUGCUAUGACCGGACACAGCGAUGUGACCACGUACUUGACUGCCGUGAUGGGUCGGAUGAGGCAAACUGCUCACAGCACUGCAAUGCGGGUCAGUUUCAGUGUCAUAAUGGACUGUGUAUUCCUCAACGCUACCUCUGUGACCACGAUGAUGACUGUGGAGACCGCAGCGAUGAGCUCAACUGCACGUAUCCCACAUGUAAAGGGAACUAUUUUACCUGCCCCAGCGGUCGCUGCAUCCACCAAGUUUGGCUUUGCGAUGGAGAAGAUGACUGCGAGGACAAUGCAGAUGAAAAAGGCUGCGAUAAUGUCCCACGGGAAUGUUACCCACGGGAAUGGCCCUGUCCAUCUUCUGGGAAAUGUAUCCCAGUGGAUAAAUUGUGUGACGGCAGAGUUGACUGUCCUGACGGAGAGGAUGAAACGAACACCACUGCUGGCCGCAACUGCAGUAUCUGGAGAUGUGCGUCCUUGAGCUGUGAGCACCACUGUCACGCUUCCCCUGAUGGAGGAACGUGUUCCUGUCCAUCCGGAUAUGUGGUCAGCAGCAAUGACAGUCGCUCGUGUGUAGAUUUUGACGACUGCUCCAUGUGGGGAGUGUGCGACCAAGUGUGUGAGGACCGAAUAGGCUCACAUCGCUGCAGCUGUCUGCAGGGCUACGUUCUGGAGCAGCACAGACACUGUAGGGCUGACAUCCAGACUGGAGUUCCUUCCUUGAUAUUUUCUAACGGCAAAGACCUGAUAAUGGGCGACAUCCACGGCAACAGUCAACAUGCUCUGAUCAGUUCGCAGAACAGAGGGAUUGCAGUCGGGGUAGACUUUCACUACAAUCUCCGUUUGAUCUUCUGGACUGAUACCAUUCAAAAUAAGGUGUUUUCUGCGCAUAUGGAUGGCUCCAACAUGCAGGUGGUUUUAGAUGUAUCAGUUGACUACCCUGAGAACUUAGCGGUGGACUGGGUGAACAAUAAACUGUAUGUAGUGGAGGCCAGCGUCAACAGGAUUGACAUGGUGGACUUUGAUGGGAGCAACCGGGUCACGCUCAUCACCGAAAACCUGGGAAACCCUAGAGGACUGGCAGUGGACCCCACCGUCGGGUAUAUGUUUUUCUCAGACUGGGAGGCAAAAAACGGACAGCCGGGCCUUGAGAGAGCUUUCAUGGACGGCACCAACCGGUACGGAGUUAUUGGGACCAAACUGGGGUGGCCGGCUGGCAUCACUCUGGACCUAGACGCCAAACGGGUCUACUGGGUUGAUAGCCGCUAUGACUACAUUGAAACUGCGACGUAUGAUGGUCUACACAGAAAAACAGUGGUACAUGGAGGCGCAGUGAUCCCACACCCCUUCAGCAUCAGUCUGUUCGAGCACAACGUCUACUUCACGGACUGGACCAAGAUGGCAGUGAUGAAAGCCAACAAGUUCACUGACAGCAGUCCUGAAGUGGUUUACAGGACACCGCAGACGCCGCAUGGAGUAGCUGUGAUACAUCAGCUGAGACAGCCCCAAGUGCCAAACCCUUGUGCUGUAGACAGAGGAGGGUGUGAGCAGAUCUGCAUUUUAAGUCACAGAAGUGACAAUGGAGGUCUUGGAUACCGCUGUAAAUGCCGUAUUGGUUAUGACCUACAUGCUGAUGGAAAACGAUGUGUGUCUGUGAGGCAGUUCCUGCUGUUCUCCAGCCAGCUGGCUGUGAGAGGGAUUCCCUUCAAUCUCUCCUCUCAGGAGGACAUCAUCUUGCCGGUGACUGGAACCCCCUCCUACUUUGUUGGAGUGGAUUUUAGCGCUGAGGAUGAUGUGAUUUUCUUCUCUGACACUGCGAAAGACAUUAUCUACAAGCAAAAUGUGGAUGGCACAGGAAGGGAGGUACUGGCAGCCAACAGAGUUGAAGGAGUAGAGGACCUGGCUUAUGACUGGAUAUCCAAAAACCUUUACUGGACCGACCCUCGGUACAGGAGCAUAUCUGUCAUGAGGCUUGCUGAUAAAUCCAGGAGAGCCAUUAUACGUAACCUGAACAACCCAAGGGCAAUUGUGGUGCAUCCAGUAAUUGGGUACAUUUUUUGGACUGACUGGUAUCGGCCAGCAAAGAUCAUGAGAGCUUGGGGCGACGGGUCACAUGCUGUGUCGAUAGUAAACACCACCUUGGGCUGGCCAAAUGGCCUUGCCAUUGAUUGGAGUGCAAUGCGUCUCUACUGGGUGGACGCUUUCUUUGACAAAAUUGAGCACAGCAACCUUGAUGGCCGCAACAGACUGUCUCUGGAUCGCAUCACCCAGAUCUCACAUCCAUUUGGGCUCACCAUUUUUGAAGGAUACGCAUAUUUUACUGACUGGCGUCUGGGUGGGAUUGUGCGUGUGCGCAAAAGUGAUGGUGGGGAGAUGGUCAUCAUCAGAAGAGGAAUCAGUCACAUCAUGCAUGUCAAGUCUUUCAACUCCAACUCUCAAAUUGGUUCCAACUUCUGCAACAGGCCCACAUAUCCCAAUGGGGACUGCAGCCACUUCUGCUUCCCAGCUCCUGGCUCUCAGAGAGUCUGUGGUUGCCCAUAUGGAAUGAAAUUGUCACUUAACCAGCAGACGUGUGUUGACGACCCCUCAAACGAACCUCCCACCCUUCAGUGCGGCGCCAACUCCUUCUCCUGCAGCAACGGCAAAUGUGUCCCAAGCAGCUACAGAUGCGAUGGUGUUGAUGACUGCCAUGACAACAGUGAUGAAAUGAGCUGUGGAGUCAACAACACCACAUGUUCCCCGUCUGCCUUCACUUGUGCCAAUCAGCGCUGCGUGCCGGUAGGAUGGCGCUGUGAUGGGCACAAUGACUGUUUGGAUGACAGCGAUGAGAUCAACUGUCCCACUAAAGUUCCUGGAACGUGUCCCGCCAAUCAGUUCACCUGUGCCAACCACAGAUGCAUCCCGCACACCUGGCGCUGUGACACGGAUAAUGACUGUGGGGACGGUUCAGAUGAGGCAGACUGCAAUGCAGGAAGUACGUGCCAUCCAGAGCAGUUUCAGUGUCCUGACCACCGAUGCAUAGAUCCCAACUAUGUUUGUGAUGGGGACAGGGACUGUGUGGACGGAGCCGAUGAGCAGGGCUGCAGUUACAACUGCACUGCGAAUGAAUUCAAGUGUGCCAAUGGUCACCAGUGUAUCAGCUCCUUCUAUCGAUGUGACGGCGUCUUCGAUUGCAGCGAUCGCUCAGAUGAGAGAAACUGUCCCACCAGACCUCCGGGGAUGUGCCACCAUGAGAGUGAGUUCCAGUGCCAGUCAGAUGGAAGCUGCGUGCCGUCUACAUGGGAGUGUGACGGCCACCCAGACUGCGAGGAUGGCAGUGACGAACACCACGCCUGCCCGCCUCGCACCUGCGCUUCCUCGCUCUUCCGCUGCGACAACGGCAACUGCGUUUUGCGCAGCUGGAUUUGUGAUGGAGACAACGAUUGCAGGGACAUGAGCGACGAAAGAGACUGCCCCACGCCACCUUUCCGAUGUCCCAGUUAUCAGUGGCAGUGCCCCGGCCACAGCCUUUGCAUUAACAUCACCACAGUGUGUGACAACACUCCCAACUGCCCAAACGGAGCCGAUGAGUCCCCUCUUUGCAAUGAGCAUUUACCAGAUCAAGAGAGCUGCUCCGACAACAAUGCCGGCUGCACACACGGUUGCAUUCAGGGCCCGUUUGGGGCGCAGUGCACAUGCCCUGUGGGUUAUCAACUCAGCAACGACUCCAAAACCUGUGUGGACAUAGAUGAGUGUAAUCCUCCGGGACUGUGCAGCCAGCACUGCUUUAAUGAAAGAGGCUCCUUCCGCUGUCACUGCCAGGAGGGUUACACUCUCGAAGCAGACCAGCGUACCUGCAAGGUCUCAGAUUCUCGACAAGCAUUCCUACUAGUUGCCAGCAGAAAUCAGAUCAUGCAAGAUGACAUAACCACCCAACCGAAUGUGAUUCGGUCUCUGAUUCGAGACGGACGCAACAUCGUGGCGCUGGAUUUCGACUCUGUCACCGACCGGGUGUUUUGGUCUGAUACAAGCCAGGAUAGAAUCUGGAGUUCUUAUAUGAAUGGCAGUGACAGAGUAGUGAUCUUCGACAGUGGAGUGACUGUGACGGAGAGCCUCGCUGUGGACUGGGUGGGCAGGAACUUGUACUGGACGGAUUAUGUGCUGGAAACCAUCGAGGUGUCUAAGCUGGACGGCACCCAUCGGGCCGUGUUACUGAGCGAGAAUAUCACCAACCCUCGAGGGCUUGUGCUGGAUCCCAGAGAAAGCGCACAUCUAAUGUUUUGGACCGACUGGGGACAGAACCCUCGCAUUGAAAAGGCCAGCAUGGAUGGGAAGCUGAGGACUAUCAUCGUCAGCAGCAAACUCUACUGGCCCAACGGUCUAACCAUAGACUAUCCAAACAAUUUGCUGUACUUCGCUGAUGCCUACUUGGAUUUUAUCGACUACUGUGAUUAUAAUGGCAAUAAUAGGAAGCAAGUUUUGGCCAGUGACUUGGUACUGCAACACCCCCACGCAAUUACCAUUUUUGAGGAUUUUGUCUAUUGGACCGACAGAUACAUCAACCGAGUGAUGCGAGCUCAUAAGUGGCAUGGGGAGAACCAGACAGCGAUGCUGUUCAACCUCCCUCAGCCUAUGGGACUAGUAGCAGUCCAUCCAACCAGACAGCCUGCAGGUGAAAAUCACUGCUUGAGGAGUCCCUGUACUCAUAUUUGCUUGCUAUCUGCUGUGGGACCAAGAUACUACUCGUGUGCUUGCCACUCCGGCUGGAUACUGGCAGAAGACCAGUUCACCUGUACCAGAGUUGAGGAUCCGUUUUUGGUGGUCGUAAGAGACAGCAUCAUCUUAGGCAUUCCCUUGAAUCCAGAGGAGAAGAGCAAUGAUGUCAUGAUUCCGGUCGCUGGUCUUCAAAAUGGUUAUGAUGUUGACUUUGAUGACACCGAACAGAUCAUAUACUGGGUGGAACAUCCAGGUGAGAUCCACAGGGUGAAGUCUGAUGGUACCAACAGAGAGGAGUUUGCUCCGGCAGCCAUCCUUGGUUCACCUGUUGGCCUGGCCUUGGACUGGAUUACCGAGAACCUGUACUACACCAAUCCAGGAGCACAAGCUAUAGAGGUUUUAAAGUUAAGAGGUGAGAUACAGUACAGGAGAACUUUGAUCACAAACGAUGGCUCUCCGACUGGCGCUGGGAGUCCUAUUGGCAUUGCGGUGGAUCCAGUUCGAGGCAAACUGUACUGGACAGACCAGGGAACGGAGAGUGGGAUCCCGGCCAAAGUGGCAUCUGCAGACAUGGACGGUCAAAACCCAGUCAUCUUGUUUACUGACAACUUGGAUCACAUUGAGUUCCUCACUGUGGACAUCCAAGAAAACAAGCUGUACUGGGCUGUGACAAGUACUGGCAAGAUUGAACGUGGGGAUCCAGACGGAAGCAACCGCAUCACCGUAGUAUCAGGCCUGUCUCACCCCUGGGGGGUAACUGUCUAUCAGAACUUCCUGUAUUUUACGGACCGUGACUUUGAGGUCAUAGAGCGAGUGGACAAGUCUACAGGCGCCAACAAGGUUGUGUUAAGAAACAACAUGGCAGGACUAAGGGCUCUGAAAGUUCAUUUUCGACAAACGUCUGCAGGUACAUCGAACGGUUGCACAAACAAUCAGGGAUCGUGUGAGCAGCUCUGUCUGCCUCGGCCACAGAGCCUUUUCACCUGCGCGUGCGCAACAGGCUUCAAACUCAAUGCAGACAAUAGAACCUGCGCGCCUUACCAGUCCUACGUUGUUAUCUCUACUCUGUCUGCCAUCAAGGGCUUCAGUUUGGAGGGGUCAGAUCACUCCGAGGCCAUGGUCCCUGUGGCUGGAAGAGGGCGUAAUGCUUUACACAUUGAUGUCCACAUGGCCUCCAGUUUCAUUUACUGGUGUGACUUCAGCAGCACUGUGGCAAUACAGAAUGGGGUCAGACGGAUAAAGCCGGAUGGCUCAGGAUUACGUAGCCUUGUAACGUCUGGAAUAGGACGCAAUGGGAUACGAGGAAUUGCUGUAGAUUGGGCUGCAGAUAAUUUAUAUUUCACCAAUGCUUUCCUGACUGAGACGUACAUUGAGGUGCUUCGCAUUAAUACAACGUACCGUCGGGUGUUGAUCAAGACCCAGGUGGACAUGCCGCGCCACCUUGUUGUGGACCCUCGAAAUAGAUUUUUGUUUUGGGCUGAUUAUGGACAGCACCCCAAAAUUGAACGAGCCCUUUUGGAUGGAACAAACCGCACAGUUUUAGUGUCUUCGGGGAUCAUCACUCCUCGAGGUCUCGCCCUGGACUGGAGAACUGGCUACAUUUACUGGGUGGAUGACUCUCUUGACAUGAUUGCCCGAAUCAACCCACAAGGAGGGGAGACUGAAAUAGUGAGGUACGGCAGUCGGUACCCCACUCCUUAUGGUAUUACGGUGUUUGAGAACAGCAUCGUUUGGGUGGAUAGAAACCUCAAGAAGGUUUUCCAAGCAAGCAAAGAGCCAGGAAGCACGGAGGCGCCUGCUGUCAUUAGGGACAACAUCAACAUGUUGAGAGAUGUUACCGUCUUCGACCAGCGAGCCCAGCCCACCAGUGCCCAAGAGCUUAACCACAACCCUUGCAUGGAGGCCAAUGGAGGCUGUGCCCAUUUCUGCUUUGCCCUCCCAGGCUCCAGUUCUGGUGCUCUGAUGAAAAAAUGCAGCUGUGCUUUUGGAGACUUGGCAGCAGACGGAGAGGAGUGCGUAGUGUCCAGAGACGACUACCUCAUAUAUACCACUGAGAGCACAGUGCGCAGCUUGCGACUUGAUCCUGAAGAUCACGCAGUGCCUUUUCCUGUCGUCAAUGUGCCUCGUACCUCAGUGGCUCUGGAUUUCGACCUCACAGACAAUAGAAUCUAUUUCACACAAAGCGUUGGUGCAGGAUCGAGCAAGAUCAGCUACAUCAGCAUAUCAUCUCCCACCUCAGCUCCUGUUGAGAUUGCAUCCGAUCUUGGAGCUCCGGAUGGAAUUGCUUAUGACUGGAUAAACAAAAGAAUUUACUACAGUGACUUUGUCAAUCAGAGCAUCAGCUCUAUAUCUGUGGAUGGUUCUCAAAGAACUGUAAUUGCCCAUGUGUCCAGGCCGAGGGCCAUCAUGCUGGAUCCCUGCAGGGGAUACAUGUAUUGGACAGACUGGGGAAUCCACGCAAAGAUUGAGCGAGCCACUUUGGGUGGAAACUUUCGAACAGAAAUUGUGAACAGCUCUCUGGUUUGGCCAAACGGUCUGACCCUGGACUAUGAAGAUGAAAGACUUUAUUGGGCAGACGCCAGCCUGCAGAAGAUUGAGCGAUCUUCUCUCACGGGAUCCAAUCGUGAGGUCAUCGUCAGCACGGCCAUCUAUCCAUUUGCCAUGACCAUGUUUGGCCAGUUCAUCUACUGGACCGACUGGAACACCCGCAGCAUCUACCGGGCCAACAAGCACGAUGGGUCGGACCAGAGAGUCAUGAUCCAGAACCUUCCGUCUCGCCCGAUGGACAUCCACGUAUUAGCCAGCAGGAAGCAGCAGCAGUGUGAUAGUCCCUGUCAGCAGUUUAAUGGUGGCUGCAGCCACAUCUGCACACCAGGACCUAACGGAGCCGAGUGCCAGUGUCCAUCAGGGGGGAACUGGUACCUGGCUGACAACAAGUAUUGUAUCCCUGAUAACGGGACUCGCUGCCAGCCCGGCCAGUUCACCUGUAUGAAUGGCCGCUGUAUUCGAGCCCUGUGGAAAUGUGACAACGACAACGACUGUGGGGAUGGAAGCGACGAGUUGGAGAGAGUCUGCGGACAUAACCGAGUCGUCAGUCGUGCUGUUCCACAGCUGCUGUCUUCCUUUAUUGCCUUGUCAGCCUUCCACACUUGCGAGCCGACAAUGUUCACGUGUGGCAAUGGCCGGUGCGUUCCCUACCACUACCGCUGUGACCACUACGACGACUGUGGAGACAAUAGCGAUGAAGUGGGCUGUCUAUUCAGACCCUGUGACCCCAAUACAGAGUUCACCUGCAACAAUGGGCGCUGCAUCGCAAAGGACUACGUUUGCAAUGGCAUUAACAACUGCUAUGACAAUGGGACCUCUGAUGAGCAAAACUGCCCGGAGAGAACCUGUCAACCAGAGCAAACAAAAUGCCAGUCCACCAACAUCUGCAUUCCACGUUCAUACUUGUGUGAUGGAGACAAUGACUGUGGAGAUAUGAGCGAUGAAAGCCCCACCCACUGUGCCUCCUCCACCUGCUCCGUGAGUGAGUUCCGCUGCUCCAGCGGCCGCUGCAUCCCCGCCCACUGGUACUGUGACGGAGGAUCUGACUGCUCCGAUGGCUCUGAUGAACCCCUCUCCUGCACCACCCUGAUCAGAACCUGCAACACAGACCAGUUCCGAUGUGACGAUGGCAGGUGCAUCGCCUUGUCUUGGAUCUGUGAUGGGGACAAUGACUGCGGGGACAUGAGUGAUGAAGACCAGAGGCACAACUGUGCCAAUCGCACGUGUUCAAGCUCGGAGUUCACUUGUGCGAACAACCAACCACCCCAAAGGAAAUGUAUUCCACGUGAUUGGGUGUGUGAUGGGGAUGCAGACUGUGCGGAUGCUCUGGACGAGCAUCAGAACUGCACACACAGAUCCUGCGGCAUCAAUGAGUUCACUUGUAGCAACGGCCUCUGCAUACGGAGCUCCUACAGGUGCGACCGGCGUAACGACUGCGGGGACAGCAGCGACGAGCAGGGCUGCACGUAUCAGCCGUGUCAACCCCACCAGUUCACCUGCCAGAACGGCCGCUGUGUGGCGCAGGAUUUCGUGUGCGAUGGUGACAACGACUGCGGGGACGAGUCUGAUGAGCUGGAGCACACGUGCCGGACGCCGGCACCCACCUGCCCCCCUGGAAGCUUCCGGUGUGAAAACGGACACUGCAUUGACCUGAGCCGCGUGUGCGACCGGAGCGAUGACUGCUCUGACAACAGCGAUGAAAAAGGAUGUGGUAUCAAUGAAUGCACUGACCCGUCCAUUCACCACUGUGAUCACAACUGCACGGACACGCCUACCAGCUUCAUUUGCACCUGUCUUCCCGGGUACCAUCUCAUGUCGGACAGGAAGACGUGUGACGACGUCGACGAGUGUUCAAAGACGCCCAGCGUGUGCAGUCAGAUCUGCGAAAACACCAUCGGCUCAUACGUGUGCAAGUGUGCCCCGGGUUACCUCAGAGAGCCGGACGGUCACACCUGCAGGCAGAACAGCAACAUCUCACCUUACCUCAUCUUCAGCAACCGCUACUAUCUGAGGAACCUUUCAACAGACGGAGAGGCCUACUCGCUCAUCCUGCAGGGCCUCACGAGCGUGGUGGCUCUGGACUUUGAUCGCGUCGACAGACGCCUCUAUUGGAUUGACGUGAGCCGCCGAGUCAUUGAGAGAAUGUCUUUCAAUGGGAGUAACAGAGAGGUGGUGGUCAAUGGAGUUCUGCACGGGGAGGGCCUUGCAGUUGACUGGGUGGCCAGGAAGCUCUACUGGGCGGACAGCUUCCUGGAUUGCCUCAAAGUGUCUGAACUAGAUGGUCGCUUUGUGAGGAAGCUGGCUGAACACUGCGUUGAUGCCAACAACACCUACUGCUUUGAAAACCCCAGAGGCAUUGUCCUGCAUCCCAAAUAUGGGUACGUGUUCUGGACAGACUGGGGAGACAAAGCGUUUAUCGGCCGUGUUGGGAUGGAUGGAACCAACAAAACUGCAGUCAUCACUUCAAAGCUGGAGUGGCCCAACGGCAUCACAAUUGACUACACCAACGACAAACUCUACUGGUCCGACGCUCAUCUGAAUUACAUCGAAUACUCUAACCUGGAUGGCCAGCACAGACACACGGUGUACGAUGGAAAUCUGCCACACCCGUUUGCACUGACAGUAUUUGAAGACACCGUCUAUUGGACGGACUGGAACACCCGCACCGUGGAGAAAGGCAACAAAUACAACGGCUCUGGUCGCCAAGUCCUUGUUAACACGACGCACAGACCAUUUGACGUCCACGUCUGCCACCCGUACAGACAGCCCAUCGUAAACAACCCCUGUGCUGUGAACAAUGGGGGCUGUUCUCAUCUGUGCUUGAUCCGUGACGGGGGGCGCGAACACACCUGUGAGUGCCCCGACCAUUUCCUGACCGUUCAGACUGGAGGUGUGAGCCGAUGCCUGCCCAUGUGCACCAGCACGCAGUACAGAUGUGCCAAUAAUGAACGUUGUGUUCCCAUCUGGUGGAAGUGUGAUGGUCAGCGCGACUGCAGAGACGGCUCAGACGAACCUUCCACCUGUCCCAUUCGUCACUGUCACCUUGGGCAGUUUCAGUGCAGCGAUGGAAACUGUACCAGUCCAUACUUUCUCUGUAACAGUAACCAGGACUGUCCCGAUGGUUCAGAUGAAGAUCCUGUGCUGUGUGCUACUCAUCAGUGUGAAAGCCAUCAGUGGCAGUGUGCAAAUAAGCGAUGCAUCCCUGAGUCGUGGCAGUGUGACGGCGAGGACGACUGUGGCGACCAUUCGGACGAAGACCCCGCCCACUGCUCUGCCAGGACGUGCCGCCCUGGACAGUUCAAAUGCCGGAACGGGCGCUGCAUCCCGCAGGCCUGGAAAUGCGACGUGGAUGAUGACUGUGGUGACAAUUCAGAUGAGCCGCUGGAGGAGUGCAUGGGACCAGCCUAUCGAUGUGACAAUCAUACGGAGUUUGACUGCAGGACGAACUACCGCUGUGUGCCUCUGUGGUCUGUUUGUAAUGGUCACAAUGACUGCAGGGACAACAGUGAUGAGCAGGACUGUGACGAAUUGACCUGCAAUCCAGACGGAGACUUCCGAUGUGACAACCACCGUUGCAUCCCGCUGAGGUGGAAGUGUGACGGGGAUGACGACUGCGGGGACAAUUCAGACGAGCGCAGCUGCGUGCCACGCUCGUGCACAGAGAGCGAGUUUCGUUGCGACAAUCUGCGCUGCAUUCCCAACCGUUGGGUCUGUGACCAUGACAACGACUGUGAGGACAACUCGGAUGAAAGGGACUGUGAGAUGCGGACCUGCCUACCUGGAUACUUCCAGUGCGGCAGCGGUCACUGCAUCGCUGAGCGCUUCAAAUGCGAUGGCAACGCCGACUGUUUGGAUUUCACAGAUGAGACGUCCUGUCCCACCCGCUUUCCCAACGGCACGUACUGCCCGCCGUUCCUGUUUGAGUGCAAGAACCACGUCUGUGUGCUGCCUCACUGGAAAUGCGAUGGAGACAACGACUGCGGAGACAACUCCGAUGAGGAGUUGCAUCUGUGCUUGGACAUCGCAUGUGAGGCUCCUUUCCGUUUCCGCUGUGACAACAACCGCUGCAUCUACAGCCAUGAGCUGUGCAACUCUGUUGAAGACUGUGGGGACGGCUCGGAUGAGAGAAAGGAGAACUGUCAAACCCCCACCCACGGACCCUGCUCAGACGAUGAGUUCAAAUGCAGCAAUGGGCUGUGCCUCCCUCUUCAGUUCGCCUGCGAUGAUUAUGACGACUGCGGGGAUGAGUCAGAUGAGCUCGGCUGUCAUCAAGGCAGUGGGCACACAUGCAGCGCCGACCUCUGUGAACACAACUGCACCGACCUGACGGGUGGAGGUUUCCUUUGCUCCUGCCGAUCUGGUUACAAACCCAGAGAGACAGAAAGACACAACUGUGAAGACGUGAACGAGUGUGAGGUGUACGGGAUGUGUCCUCAGGACUGCAGGAACACAAAGGGCAGCUACGAGUGUUUCUGUUCCGAUGGUUUUCUGUCGUUCGGAGAGCCGCACGGGACCGAGUGUGCUGCUCAAGGAAACCCACCGGUGCUGCUCCUGCCGGAUAAUGUUCGUAUCCGUCGUUUUAAUCUGUCCUCUGAGCAGUAUUCCGACUACGUGGACAACGCCGAACACAUUCAAGCCCUGGACUACCUGUGGGAUCCAGAGGGGGAGGGCCUCAGUAUUGUAUACUGGACUGUUCUUGGUCGCGGAUCCCAGUUUGGUUCCAUCAAACGUGCCUACAUGACCACGUUCAACGAUUAUGGCAACAACCCCGUGAAAGAGGCGGAUCUGAACCUGCGCUAUAUCGCCAACCCUGAUGGCAUCGCUGUGGACUGGGUCGGAGGCCACAUUUACUGGACAGAUUCAGGAACCAAUCGAAUCGAAGUGGCCAAACUGGACGGGAGGUACAGGAAGUGGUUGAUCUACUCUGACCUUGACCAGCCUGCUGCUAUAGUUGUGAAUCCAACACUGGGGAUGAUGUACUGGACGGACUGGGGAAAGAACCCCAGGAUCGAGUCGGCGUGGAUGGACGGCCAGCAGAGGAAGGUGCUGGUGAGCGAGCGGGGGCUGGGAUGGCCUACUGGGCUCGCGGUGGACUUUGUUAAUGGAAACAGAAUCUACUGGUGCGACUCCAAGGAAAACAUCAUCGAGUCGAUGAAGCCUGAUGGCACCGACAUGAAGAUAAUCCUCUCUGGAGAUAUCGGGCAUCCCUACAGUCUGGAUGUCUUUGAGGGACAUGUAUACUGGACAACUAAAGACAAGGGCGAAGUUUGGAAGAUCAACAAGUUUGGAAAAGGACAUAAAGUCAAAGUUUUAACCAUCAACCCCUGGCUGACACAAGUCCGUAUUUACCAAGAACAGCGGCACAACCGCUCAGUGCCCAACCCCUGUAAGAACGUGUGCAGUCACCUGUGCCUCCUCCGGCCGGGCGGAUACACUUGCGCCUGCCCUCAAGGCUCCUCUCAAACGGACGCCACCGAAUGCGAUGCAGCCAUUGAACCUCCUGUUCCAAUGCCCCUUGCAUGCAGAUGCAUGAAUGGUGGAACCUGCUAUACUGAUGAUGGUGAUCUGCCCAUGUGCAAAUGUCCAUAUGGUUAUUUGGGCAGCUAUUGUGAAAUGGGAAAGUUAAGAGGCGCUCCUGCUGGAACAGCUGUGGCCGUCCUGCUCGCCGUCAUCAUCAUCCUGAUAACUGGAGGUUUGGCCGUUGGAGUUUUCCUCAACUACAAGCGAACAGGAUCUUUCAUUCCCACCAUGCCCAAACUACCCAGCCUCAGCAGCCUGGUGAAGUCAGCCGAUACUGGAAACGGAGUGACUUUCCGCUCGGGCGACAACGUGGAUCUUGGACCAUCACACAUUGCGGUGUCAUUUAUUGACACGGCCAUGCAGAUGGAUGAAAGUUUUGCUGUUGAUGCUGGGAGACAGCCGAUCACUUUUGAGAACCCGCUGUAUGCCACCGCGCCUGUCACCGGAGAUCCAGCUGUCAUUCAUGCCACACAGGUGACUGUCAAUGUGAGCGGUGAACAGCUGGAGAACAACUUUGUAAACCCAGCGUACCGUGGGGACCAGAGUGCGAGCAUCGUUAACACAUCUGCUGCCAGCAGCAAACCUGUUCAGGAGUCCAAGUGGAGCUUUUUCAAGCGAAAAUUGAAGCCAAGCACCACCUUUGAGAACCCUUCUUAUUCAGAGAUGAAAGAUGAGAAGCCUGCAGAAAACAAAGAGGACUCCUCCAAUCCGGAGCCCUCUCCGUUCACGCCUCCUGCCAAACCUCCGAAGAAAGAUCGCCCCGGGACCUUCACGCCCACCGAGGACAGUUUCAAAGACACAGCGAACCUCAUUAAGGAAGACAGCGACGUAUAGCCCCUGUCUCACAGACGGGACUCAAAGAAGAAGAAAAAAACACACACACUUUGCACAGAAUUUAUUUUUUUAUGCAGCCUGUGUACAAAAAUCGUUUUAGGACGGGAGAUUCAUCUCUAUGAAACAAAAGUCUUUCGGGGCUAUGCCUUCUGACAUUUCUUAUGCCAAUACUUGUGUUGAUGUUUUUCUUUAUUUCGAUGUACAAUAUGUAUAUCUUUGCACUGAAGCUGCUGAUAGAACUGUUAAUAUGUUGUAUAUUUGUAAAUUUGAACAGUGAGAUUUUGACGGAAAUAUCUCAAAAAUAGGUAGCAGGUAGAUCAAUAUAAGCAAAGCAUAACAACUAUGGUUACAUUCAGAAUGUACAGUACUUAUAUGAUCAGAGGUUAUCAGAGAAAUAAUGAAUGUUGAGUUAUUCUUACCAAACAAAGCUGGAGAUGUAUUUACUUCUUGCAUGUUUUCAAUUUUCAGGGCUGGUAAAUUAAAAGCACAACAAAGAGAAAUUGGUCUACAACUCAUGUCGGUUCAGUUUCAUUUGCAGAUUAAGAUUUAGCUUGCAUACGUGUGCAAAGAAUAACUUAUUGUACUUAAUCACACUUAGCUGAACUCAAAUCAACCUGAUUGUUUUUAACGUUAGCUUGUACACUGCUGUGUUAUCCUGAAGGCGUUCAUAUGACUUGAGGAUGCAAAUGUUUAAAAAAAAUGAGAAGUUCCUGUUUUCUUCACAGGUUUUUUUUUUUUUUUGUAUCAUGAAGACAUAAAACUUGGAAUAAUGAGAGAAAUUUUCUGCUGCUGAAACACAAAUGAAUAAAUUUCCUAUUUUGUAACACA